AUGGUCGUUGCUCGCGAGGAGAUCUUUGGACCGGUCAUACCUAUACGGAAGUUCAAGACCAUUGACGAAGUCAUCAAGCGUGCCAACGACUCCAUGUAUGGCCUUGGUGGUGGCGUCGUGAUCACAAACGUCAACUGCGCCAUCAAGAUCUCAAAUGGACCUCGUGCAGGGACAGUGUAUGUGAAUUGCUACGACGUAUUCGACGCGAACGCGCCGUUUGUCGGUCUUAACGACUCUAGCAUUGGUCUUGAGAACGGGGAGCUGGGUAUGCGCAACUACUUGGAGCACAAGACGGUGAUCAAAAAGAGUCUAGACGACUCGAUGCCUUGUCACGAGCCCCACAAAUUGCAAAGAUGCUGUCGUAAAAUUAAAUGA